AUGUCUUAUACAACAGAUUCGCGCGAGUCGACUGCGCCUCAGGAUUACUACUCAAGUCUUGACGAAGAGGGCUCGCUUGUGGAAAGAUUUAAGAAUAUUGACGAUAAAACGCAGUUUUACACUGCUAUGCGCCGUCUAGAGGAUCCUCUUACUCAGAAUUUUGUGCUCGAUUUUGGUAACGAAGAGGCAUGGUGUGCAUCUGAUCUGGGCACCAGCGAACUGAAACUAUUGCUGAGUAAACCGGUAAGUCAUUUCCACGGCGAGAGACAAAUGUUUCGGUACACGGUGGAUGCGAUUACCAAACACUAUGGGGUGUCGGAACGACUGCAGGGGAUGAUGUGCACAGAGCCAGUGCAUCCUGCACCCAAAACUACACCGACACCAUUACCAACAAAAAGGACUUCGCAAUCGCCUAGUGUUGCGCCGUCGUUCCAGCAAGAAGUGGACGACCCGGAGAAUGCACUCAAGCAUCUCGCCGAUCCAGAUAGAGCCCGCGAGUCAGCGUCAUUCAAGAAUCUCACCUUUGCACAAGUCACGGAUCAAAUCUGGCACUUCUCUUCUGUGGAUCACGGUCCUCGAUACACAUGUAUCGGCUAUAAUACGUUGUUUGUGAUUCCCACAUUAUCACAACCGAAUGGCAAAGAUCUCCCGGAUGGAAAACGGCUUUGGACCUGGCUGGUCCAGUGCAAUGAUGGCACAAUAAUCUCAAUCCAAGAGAACCCGUUCCCAACACGAAAGGGAGUGCCGAUAGACGAAGCCAAGCCAGUGCUCGACAUCGUGCGUCGGAACAUCCGCUUUAUUUUCGCUGGUGUUUCGAGACAGCACUUUGCCAUGUCCGAGAGCGAGUCCUUAAUCACCAUCCGGGUGCGACAUUUUAGCGAUCUCGGACCGGAUCAAGCCAAUAUCAAGCAGGAGGAUGGACCGAGUUUGCUCUUCUACUAUAUCUUCGACGACUGGGUGUCAAGUUAUGGACUUAUUGCAAAGCGAGAACACAAAUAUGGCGUUGCUUUGGAGAACUUGAGAGGGCAAAUGCUCGAGCGUCCGGUAGUGGAUUUGGUAAACGAGUUGCACUGGCUGGGUCGACGACUUGCAGUUCUCAAACGAUUGUAUCAGAGCUAUGAGCUUAUCAUGCGGCGACUCUUGCAACGGCAACGCAUGCUCCGCGACGAAGCACGUUCGGCUCAACCAGCCGCAAUUUCGUAUGGAGCCACUUUUGGCGAUAUGGAGUUCGUGGAUAUGCGCCAGGCGAGCGUCGUGAGCAAUUCCAGUCUCCAUAUAACUGAGAAAUCAGUCGGGGUGCAGCUGAGCUCGACGGCUGUGGCGCGCUUCGAACGAUUGGUCGAUCGUAUCAAUUUGUACUGUUUGAGCGAGAUUGAGAACUGUCUCAAUGAGAAAGAGUCGUUGACGUUCCUGAAUUUCAACUUGAUUGCGCUCAAGGACUCGCAGGCUGUUGAGAAGCUCACUCGGAUCACCAUUCUGCUGGCUAAGGCAACCAUCUUGUUCCUGCCGGUUAGCUUGAUGAGUGCAUACUUCUCGACGGAACUUAUUGGCGUGAAGAAUGGAUACACUAAGACAGAUUACUGGGUCAGUUUCGCAGUGAUCUUCGUUGCUUCCGUCUUGCUCUUGACCGUUUUCGGUUACGCCAGCGAUACCGUCGAAGGCAAGACGAUUUAUCGGUCCAUGAUACGAACAUUCUUCCGAAACUCUCGCCAGAAAAUGUCGCGACGACGAGAAGGACAAUAA